UGUAAUUAUAGUUACAAGUGCUACAAAUUUUUUUCCCAGUAUAAAAUUCACUUUUGUUCAUUUACCCAAGAAUAUGGCACGGCAACAAGAGAUUGAUGCGAUUGUCGGGUGAAGAAAAAGAGAAAGAGGCGUGAGAAAUAAGCUUGACGAGGAUUGAAGAAGUAGGGCCUCAACAAAAAAACAGUCGUGAAACGUGGAACCUAGUCGUAGAUCAACACGCUAUAUUUUGUCAAUCUACAACUACGACUUACGUCUCACGACUCAGUUACGGUCGCUUUGUUAGACCCGUGGAGGCGGAGUAAAUUUGCAAUGAAUACAAGACGCGCGAGAACUCCGCGUGGAAUGGAUGAUCGACGUGAUUGCCGCAUGAUCAGCCGACGUUACCAAGACGACCCUUGAACCUGGGCGAGCGUCAGACGUGUUCGGCUUGUGCGAAACGUAGUUGAAUGCCCCGCCACGGGACAGUGCAACUUGUUUCACUUCGAUCUCCCUGCUUCCAGCGAAGUCAGUGUAGUGCGCGCGAUCCGGUGCGAGACGUUGUCGUCUUCAAUAUCCUUUCGGCCGCGUAUCUCUUCAACGCGGUGGCCGGUUUGCUUCGAAUUUACAUGCCGCUCGUAAGAGAAGAGGAGAUAUCAAGAAGUGGAGUGAACGUAACUGGGUUACUACGCCGUCUUCUGGACUUUCUGUACGGUAACAUCGAACGCGUGGAGUUACCGCCUUCCGGUUCGGCGGAAUCCAGUAAGGAGACUGUGGAGACUGUCCACUGUAUCAAUCCGUUGGAGUCCGUUCGCGCGAGAGAGAUGGAAUCGUCGGUGAGCUUUGUCGUCGGGGACCCCGAGCAUGGCGAACAAGAGCUCAAUCCCAAUCGCGAUACUGAUCCUAAUGAGGUGCAGGAAAUCGAAGAUAUCUUCCCGAGCGAUGGGAGCGAUAACGGCAAUUUGCAGAUGCAGAUCAAUGUCGCGGCAGGAUUGGUCGAGCGGCGUAAGCGCCUCAGGCCUAGCAUGUCGCAAGGUACGGUGAUGAUCCAGACGCAAAAUCGGCUUCAUGAGAAGGACUUUACCGUUGCAACUCCUGAAGAGUUUGUCCAUCGCUUCGGAGGUACCAAAGUUAUCAACAAGGUGUUGAUUGCCAAUAAUGGUAUCGCAGCAGUUAAAUGUAUGCGAUCGAUUCGACGCUGGUCAUAUGAGAUGUUCAAAAACGAGAGAGCUGUGCGUUUCGUGGUGAUGGUCACUCCGGAAGAUUUGAAGGCAAACGCGGAAUACAUCAAAAUGGCAGACCAGUACGUGCCUGUACCGGGUGGGACCAACAACAAUAAUUACGCUAACGUGGAACUUAUCAUCGAUAUCGCAAUACGUACUCAAGUUCAAGCAGUUUGGGCCGGAUGGGGUCAUGCUUCAGAAAAUCCUAAACUUCCGGAACUACUCCAUAAAAAUAACAUCUGCUUUAUUGGACCGUCCGAAAAAGCUAUGUGGGCUUUGGGUGAUAAGAUUGCAUCUAGCAUAGUCGCUCAAACCGCGGAUGUACCAACACUUCCCUGGUCAGGAUCGGAAUUGACAGCGCAAUACAGCGGGAAAAAAAUCAAAAUAUCAUCGGAACUUUUCAAAAAAGGAUGCGUUGCCACCGUGGAAGAGUGUCUAGCAGCGGCUAACAAGAUCGGCUUUCCAGUUAUGGUGAAGGCGAGCGAAGGUGGUGGUGGUAAAGGAAUAAGAAAAGUAGAAAACGCCGAGGAAUUGCCCGCUUUAUUUAGGCAAGUACAGCUCGAAAUACCUGGCUCACCAAUAUUUAUUAUGAAAUUAGCCAAAUGCGCUCGUCACUUGGAAGUGCAAUUACUGGCCGACAAUUAUGGUAAUGCAAUAUCAUUGUUUGGGCGCGACUGCUCUAUCCAGAGGAGACAUCAAAAAAUCAUCGAGGAAGCCCCUGCCGUGAUUGCUAAGUCAGAAGUUUUCGAAGAAAUGGAAAAAGCCGCUGUAAGAUUAGCAAAAAUGGUGGGAUACGUUAGCGCGGGAACCGUCGAGUAUCUGUACGACACAUCUGGCAGAUAUUAUUUCUUGGAGUUGAAUCCUCGUCUUCAAGUGGAGCAUCCUUGUACCGAGAUGGUAUCGGAUGUGAAUCUACCGGCCGCCCAACUACAAAUAGCAAUGGGCUUACCAUUGCACCACAUUAAAGAUAUACGUCUUUUAUAUGGGGAGAGUCCUUGGGGCGAUAAUCCGAUUGAUUUCGACCAGCCUCGUCAUAAACCUCAACCGUGGGGCCACGUUAUUGCAGCUAGAAUUACCAGCGAAAAUCCUGACGAAGGUUUCAAGCCGAGUUCCGGUACGGUGCAAGAGUUGAAUUUUCGAUCAUCCAAAAAUGUUUGGGGUUAUUUCUCAGUUGGAGCUUCAGGAGGACUUCACGAAUUCGCGGAUUCUCAAUUUGGCCAUUGUUUUUCGUGGGGUGAAGACCGUAAUCAAGCUAGAGAGAAUUUAGUCGUGGCUCUAAAAGAACUGAGCAUCAGAGGCGAUUUUAGGACAACGGUUGAGUAUCUUAUCACAUUGUUGGAGACUGAAUCCUUUCUACAGAAUAAUAUAGAUACUGCUUGGCUCGAUUUGCUGAUCGCCGAAUGUGUUCGAAGUGACAAACCAGAUAUUAUAUUGGCUGUUACGUGCGGAGCACUUCAUAUUGCCGAUAGAACGAUUACAGCGGCUUUUACUGGCUUUCAAACUUCCUUAGAGAAAGGCCAAAUACAGGCUAGCAAUGAUUUAGAUAAUGUUAUUGAUGUAGAGCUUAUUAACGACGGAUACAAAUAUAAAGUACAGGCUGCCAAAUCUGGUCCCAAUACCUACUUCCUCGUGAUGAAUGGCUCCUAUAAAGAAAUUGAAAUCCAUCGCAUGUCGGACGGAGGAUUGUUGUUUUCACUGGAUGGUGGCAGUUUUACGACUUAUAUGCGUGAAGAGGUAGAUCGUUAUAGGAUCAUAAUUGGAAAUCAGACAUGUAUUUUUGAGAAAGAUAACGAUCCGUCCUUACUGAGAUCACCGUCGGCCGGCAAGUUAAUCAAUUUCUUGGUCGAAGACGGGGGUCACGUUAGUCCUGGUCAGGCAUACGCCGAAAUUGAAGUAAUGAAGAUGGUCAUGACUGUUACCGCCAGCGAGAUGGGAAGUGUUUUUUAUGUAAAGAGACCUGGUGCUAUAUUAGAAGCCGGUACAUUGAUCGCGCAUCUCGAAUUGGAUGAUCCGUCAUUGGUGACGAAAGCGCAAGAAUACACAAGACAAUUUCCUACGGCAGUAACAUCGGCUGUACCGGAAAAACUGAAUCAUCUUCACACCAAGUAUCGAAAUGCUUUGGAAAAUACUUUGGCUGGCUACUGCUUACCCGAUCCAUACCAUUUGCCACGUUUACGUGAGCUAAUCGAAAAGUUUAUGUUCUCGUUACGCGAUCCUAACUUGCCGUUGUUGGAAUUGCAGGAGGUGAUCGCGACGAUAUCCGGCAGAAUCCCUGUCUCGGUUGAGAAAAAGAUUCGCAAAUUGAUGUCUUUAUACGAGCGAAACAUCACGUCGAUCUUAGCUCAAUUUCCCAGUCAACAGAUCGCUGCUGUAAUUGAUGGACACGCGGCGACCUUGUCCAAAAGAGCCGAGCGAGACGUGUUCUUCCUGACUACUCAAGCUAUCGUGCAAUUGGUACAAAGAUACCGGAACGGUAUACGCGGUCGAAUGAAGACCGCCGUGCACGAACUUCUCCGACAGUAUUACACGGUUGAAAGCCAAUUCCAACAAGGUCAUUAUGAUAAGUGUGUCUCCGCACUGAUAGAAAAAUACAAGGAUGAUGUAACCACUGUGACUGGUAUGAUCUUCAGUCACAAUCAAGUGACAAAGAAGAACGUCCUAGUUACUAUGUUGAUCGAUCAUCUGUGGGCUAACGAACCCGGUCUCACGGACGAGCUAUCGAGCACGCUAACGGAAUUAACGAGUCUGAAUCGUACGGAGCACAGCCGCGUUGCAUUGAGAGCUAGGCAGGUAUUAAUCGCUGCCCAUCAACCUGCAUAUGAGCUUAGACAUAAUCAGAUGGAAUCUAUAUUUCUUUCCGCAGUGGAUAUGUAUGGGCACGACUUCCAUCCAGAAAAUCUGCAGAAACUCAUUCUCUCAGAAACGUCCAUCUUCGACAUACUUCACGACUUCUUCUAUCAUUCCAAUCGCGCGGUGUGCAACGCAGCCUUAGAAGUCUACGUACGACGAGCUUAUAUCAGUUAUGACCUGACGUGUUUACAACACUUGGAGCUAUCCGGCGAGAUCCCAUUGGUGUAUUUCCAAUUCGUUUUACCCAGCAAUCACCCUAAUCGUCAGAAUCAAUCUCUGGUGGACCACAGAGCUGGCGCGAUGGCGGCCUUUCAGGAUCUCGAUCACUUUAAUCAGUAUGCGGACGAGAUUUUGGAUCUACUGGAGGAUCUAUCGAGUCCCACGCCGAUAGUGUGUCCGAAAUUGUUGGAGGCGGUGGAAGCCGCCGGGAGCGAAUCGAGGCACAGUACGUCGAUCAAUGUCUCUUUGAGUGCGGCUGAAACGACAACCACGACAACAGCAGCAACUACUAACGACAAAUCCGCAGAGCCAAGUCACAUAUUGAGCAUCGCAGUCAAGGAGAAUGGCACCGAGGAUGAUGCCACUAUGUCCAGAAUGUUUGGAGAUUGGUGCGCAAACAACAAAGAUGAGUUAAUAUCUCGUGGCAUCCGAAGAGUUACGUUCGCCGCACUCAAGAAAAGGCAGUUCCCCAAAUUUUUCACCUUCCGUCAGCGAGAGGGCUUCGUCGAGGACAGAAUCUACCGGCAUCUCGAGCCUGGUUGCGCCUUCCAAUUGGAAUUGAAUCGUAUGCGAACAUACGAUCUCGAAGCACUUCCAACAUCCAAUCAGAAGAUGCAUCUGUACCUUGGGCAAGCCAAGGUCGCAAAGGGCCAGCAAGUUACGGAUUAUCGCUUCUUCAUUCGCUCGAUCAUACGACAUUCCGACCUCAUCACGAAAGAGGCUAGCUUCGAUUAUCUUCAUAACGAAGGCGAGCGUGUUUUGCUUGAGGCCAUGGACGAGCUGGAAGUUGCGUUCUCGCAUCCUCUCGCUAAACGUACCGAGUGCAAUCACAUUUUCUUGAACUUUGUACCCACAGUCAUUAUGGAUCCUAGCAGAAUAGAGGAGAGUGUGACGAGCAUGGUGCUACGAUACGGGCCAAGAUUAUGGAAGUUGCACGUCCGACAGGCAGAGAUAAAGAUGACUAUUCGACCCGCACCAGGGAAACCGACUUCCAACGUACGUCUCUGUAUCGCCAAUGAUAGUGGAUACAGCAUCGACUUGCAUUUGUAUACGGAAGCUACCGACUCCAAGACGGGUAUCAUUCGCUUCGAGUCUUAUCCGUCUACUACAAACGGGACCAAUUGGAGGCCAGGUCCUAUGCACGGACUACCGAUCUCCACGCCAUAUCUGACCAAAGAUUAUCUCCAAGCGAAGAGAUUUCAGGCACAGAGCGCCGGCACGACUUACGUAUACGAUUUGCCAGAUAUGUUCCGGCAACAACUCGAGAAGUUAUGGCAGAGAUACGUUGAGGAGAUGUCGCCAAGCAAGCAAAAUCCGAUUACGAUUCCUAAUCCAGUGAUGGAUAUCGUGGAGUUAGUAUUGGAGGGGGAACAAUUGGUCGAACAGAAGCGCCUGCCGGGCGAGAACGACGUUGGCAUGAUCGCGUGGCAGUUGACUCUGUAUACUCCGGAGUAUCCAUUUGGCAGGGACAUUAUACUUAUUGCCAACGAUUUAACAUACAUGAUAGGCUCAUUCGGGACGCGCGAGGAUCUUGUGUUUUGUAGAGCUUCCGAGAGAGCGAGACAACUUGGGUGUCCACGUAUAUACUUUUCUGCCAAUUCUGGAGCACGUCUUGGUCUAGCCGAAGAGGUGAAGGCUCUUUUCAGGAUCGCGUGGGAAGACGAGAACGAGCCGGAGAAGGGUUUCAAAUACAUAUAUCUCACGCCGGAUGAUUAUGCGCGCUUGGCCCCCCUCAACUCGGUGAAGGCAUCGUUGAUCGAGGAUCCUGCAGGAGAAUCACGUUACAAGAUCACAGACAUCAUCGGCAAGGAUGAUAAUCUAGGGGUAGAGAAUUUAAAGUAUGCCGGUCUAAUCGCGGGGGAAACGUCAAAAGCAUACAACGAGAUUAUCACAAUCUCUAUAGUGUCAUGCCGUGCGAUCGGUAUCGGCGCCUAUCUGGUCCGUCUCGGUCAAAGAAUAAUUCAGAUUGAGAAUUCGCAUAUUAUUUUAACCGGUUAUAGAGCAUUAAAUACUGUGCUGGGUCGCGAGGUUUACGCUAGCAAUAAUCAACUGGGCGGUACACAGAUUAUGCACAACAAUGGGGUAUCUCACGCGACUGACGAUCGGGACUUGGACGGGGUGGCGACUGUGCUGAAGUGGCUAAGUUACUUUCCUAAAAAUAAAGGUGCCUCGUUGCCGAUACUGUCACCCAUCAUGGAUCCAAUCGACCGAGAGAUCGGUUACGUGCCUACAAAAACAGCUUAUGAUCCGAGAUGGAUGCUAGAAGGCAGAAAUUGUACCGAGUCGAACGUCUGGGAAAGUGGCUUUUUCGAUCGAGGCUCGUGGCAUGAAAUAAUGAGACCAUGGGCGCAAACAGUAGUAACGGGACGAGCUAGACUCGGUGGCAUACCGUGUGGCAUUAUCGCUGUCGAAACGAGAACUGUUGAGCUGCAUUUGCCAGCUGACCCUGCCAAUUUAGAUUCGGAAGCUAAAACUAUAUCUCAAGCAGGACAAGUUUGGUUUCCGGAUAGCGCGUACAAAACUGCUCAAGCUAUUCAAGAUUUCGGAAAAGAGGAAUUGCCGCUAUUUAUCUUUGCUAAUUGGAGAGGCUUCUCUGGCGGUAUGAAAGAUAUGUACGAGCAGAUCAUCAAGUUCGGCGCAUAUAUCGUGGACGGAUUGCAACAAUAUUGCAAGCCGAUAUUUGUUUACAUUCCACCGAACGGAGAACUUAGGGGUGGCGCUUGGGCGGUCGUUGAUCCUAUGAUAAAUCCUCGUUUUAUGGAGAUGUUUGCCGACAAUAACAGUAGAGGUGGCAUCUUGGAAGCCGAUGGUGUUGUAGAAAUCAAAUUCCGUAACAAGGACAUCGUGAAGACUAUACAUAGAGUUGAUCUUGUUAUAAUAAAAUUAAAAGAAAAAUUAACAACAGUAAACACAGCGGAGGAACGUGCCGAGAUCGAAGCGCAAAUUCGCAAGCGCGAACAAAUUUUGGAGCCAAUUUACCGUCAAGUCGCUGUUUAUUUCGCUGAUUUGCACGAUACGCCGGAGAGAAUGUUCGAAAAGAAUACAAUUCAGGAGAUAAUACCGUGGAAAAAAGCGCGUCAGCUAUUUUAUUGGCGAUUACGCCGGCGACUUUUUGAAGAGAAAAUUAAGACUGAAAUUCUGUCAACGCAGCCUAGUUUUGACGUUAGACAAGUGGAAGCGAUGCUUCGACGUUGGUUCAUCGAAGACAAAGGAGCAACGGAGUCGUAUUUGUGGGAUCAAGACGAAGCUGCAACCUAUUGGCUGGAAGCUCAAUGUAAAACCGACGACAGUGUGGUAUCGCGCAAUAUAACGUGUGUGAAGAGAGACGCGGUAGUAACGCGAAUCAAGGAAGCGUUGGAAAUCUGUCCGGAAAUAAGAUUGAACGCAGUGCUAGAAAUUGCACACAGAUUGCAACCAGCUGAACGAGCAGAGUUGCAAAGAACUUUAUCGCAGUUAGAGACUGCGGGACAGGAGCAUCACAAGGAUUCAGGCGUUUCAUCCUGAGUGCAUUUCGCGUAAACGUACCUGCUCCAUGUUAUGUAUUCAUUCCAACUUAUUAACAUUUAAACGCACAUCAAUAGUACAAUUCAUCUUCAAAGACAUAUAUAAUUAUUCAUAUUAAUGCAAAUCUCUUCUCUAUUAAGGAGAAUAACUGAAUAGAUACUUUGAAUAAAUAGUGUUUCAUAAAACCUGAAUUUUUCAAAUAUUGAUUGGAAUGUGAACACAAUCAUCAUUUGUUAUUAACAUUGAAUAUCGAGGUUUGAAUUUCGAUAGUUUAAAUUUCGAUUUUAUUGAAAUUAAGUUUUAUUUAAAAAUUGAUGAUAUAAGAAAUUCAAAGUAUACCAGAAGAGAUAGUGUUUGAUUAAUUUAUUAAUGAUUUUUUUUAUCUCUUUAAUGC